UUGAGCCAUGGCGGAGAAGCAGGGCCAGGACGCGGACGGGGUUGUCAACCCAUCGGUGCUGUUUCUGCACCCGGACUUGGGCGUGGGCGGCGCCGAGCGCCUGGUGCUGGACGCGGCGCUGGCGCUGCGGGCUCGCGGGUGUCGCGUGACCAUCUGGACUGCGCACUACGACCCGGGCCACUGCUUCGCGGAGAGCCGCGAGCUGCCGGUGCGCUGUGCCGGGGACUGGCUGCCGCGCAGCCUGGGCUGGGGCGGCCGCGGCGCGGCGGUGUGCGCCUACGUGCGCAUGAUCUUCCUGGCCCUCUAUGUGCUGUUCCUCGGCGACGAGGAAUUCGACGUGGUCGUGUGUGACCAGGUGUCUGCCUGUAUCCCAGUGUUCAAGCUGGCCAGACGGCGCAAGAAGAUCCUGUUUUAUUGCCACUUCCCAGAUCUGCUUCUCACUAAGAGAGAGUCUUUUCUUAAGCGUCUAUAUAGGGCCCCGAUUGACUGGGUCGAGGAAUACACCACAGGCAUGGCAGACUGCAUCUUGGUCAACAGCCAGUUCACAGCUGCCAUUUUUAAGGAAACAUUCAAGUCCCUAUCUCACAUAGACCCCGAUGUCCUCUACCCAUCUCUGAAUGUCACCAGCUUUGACUCUGCUGUUCCUGAGAAGCUUGAUGACCUCGUCCCCAAAGGGAAAAAAUUCCUAUUCCUCUCCAUUAACAGAUAUGAACGGAAGAAAAAUCUGGCUUUGGCGCUGGACGCCCUAGUAAGCCUGCGUGGAAGGCUGACAGCCCAAGACUGGGACAAGGUUCAUCUGAUCAUGGCCGGUGGCUAUGACGAGAGAGUCCUGGAGAAUGUGGAACACUAUCAGGAAUUGAAGGAUAUGGUCCAGCAGUCUGACCUGGGCCAGUAUGUGACCUUCCUGCGGUCCUUCUCUGACAAACAGAAAAUCUCACUCCUCCACGGCUGCACGUGUGUGCUUUACACACCGAGCAAUGAGCACUUUGGCAUCGUCCCUUUGGAGGCCAUGUACAUGAAGUGCCCGGUUGUUGCUGUUAAUUCGGGCGGACCCUUGGAGUCCAUCGUCCACAGAGUAACCGGGUUUCUGUGCGAGCCUGACCCAAUGCACUUCUCAGAAGCAAUAGAAAAGUUCAUUCAUGAACCUUCAUUAAGGACCACAAUGGGACUGGCUGGAAGGGCCAGAGUGAAGGAAAAGUUUUCCUCUGAAGCAUUUACAGAACAGCUCUACCAGUACGUCACCAAAUUACUAGUAUAAUCAGAUAUUUUUAAGGUGUUUAUGCAACAUUCAUUUCAUUUUUAUGAAUUGUAGGCCCAGUUUUAAACCAUUAAUUAACGUGAAUCUAAUGCCAAAGAGAUUUAAAAAUAAACAGACUCUUGAAUCUGAGCCACCUUCCUAUCCACAUUUGCUUUGUCAGAAAAACUAUCUUAUGCUGGAAUUAUUCCAAGUCUUACCAGUGCUGGUUAAGAAAUAAGUAGGGUGCAAUUCCAUAUCUGGAAUAUUUUAAUUAUAUUUCUUCUAGGUUUCGUUGCUUUGCCUAUAAACUUGACGCCAUACUGCAUCCUAAUUGAUGUUUGGUACUUUAAGUGCGUCACCAUGAAAGUUGAUGGAUUGGGCCACUGUGAUUCCAGAAUCUGCACCUCAGUAACUACUGCUGGCAGAACUGGUGUUAGUCACAUCUUCACGUGGGUCCAUAGCAAGAGUUGUGUGGUUUGGUUUGGUUUUUAAACAAAGAUGAUUUUAUAUUUUUGCACAGUGAAAUAUGACAAUAAAAGAUGUUU